GGGAAUUAAUAAUUAGCUGAAAGAUUUAAUGACUCCAGACUCAUAUCCAUAUCAAGUAAAAUCGAAAUUCCUACAAGGUAAAAUUCGGGUAACGCCUAGUCAUUGUCCGCCGCCAGCUGCCCAGGAGAUCUCGGCCGUUGUCGGUGGCUGUGUUGGAGUGCGGGUUUUCUAUCGAGCUCUUCGAGGCUUCGCUUUGGUUGGAGUUUUGUUUCAGUCGAGGAGAUCAGCGGUGGAAGGAGGGGAGCUUCGUUUGUUGCCGGUGUUUUGUAUACAAAUACAAAAACAUGGCGAUUGGGACGGAGGAAGAAGAUAUGGAUUUCAAUAUGAAAGACGUUCCGGUAGAGAAAAGCAAUCCAGUGUUUCAGGUGGUAGGAGUGCUACUGACUUUUGAGGCAGAUGAGCGGUGAGUGCGUCCCCCUCCCGAGCUGCUGCCAUGGAGUGCAAGGAGGCAACAAGUUCGGAUGCUCGUGCGAUUUGGCAAGCUCGGACAGAGGGUUUAUUUAAUAUGUUUGUUUUUUUGUUCUAGCGAAUCUUUUUUCCGUUGUGCAUUUUGUUUCGUUGUUGUUUUUCCUGUUUGUAAAACGUUGGGUUUGGAUGUGGGUGAUGAGAGGAUUGCGGUAACCGUCUUUGGCUCUUUUGUGCCCAUUUAUGGAUUAGCGAAUUAUAUUGCU